AUGCCGGAUCUCGUAGGCUCGAUCGACGCUGGUACCACCAGCGUCCGCUUCAUGGUGUUUGACGAAUUCGCCAAGGUGCAAGCCUUGCACCAGAUGGAAUUCAACCAAUACUAUCCGCACCCCGGUUGGCACGAGCAAGACGCACACGAGAUCGUUGAUUGUGUCUACCAAUGCAUCGACAAGGCGCUCGUCAAGCUCGAGGAAGGCGGCAAGUUCAAAAAGAGCGACGUCAAGGUCAUCGGCGUCACCAACCAGCGUGAGACCACUGUCGUGUGGGACAGGAAGACGGGCAAGGCACUCACGCGUGCCAUCGCCUGGCCUGAUGCGCGAACCACGCACACCAUCCGUCAGCUUGAGGCCAAGAGCGAAAAGGGUGUCGAAGCCGUCAAGGAAGAAACUGGUCUGCCGCUUUCCACCUAUUUCGCCUCGGUCAAGCUGCGCUGGAUGCUCGACAACAUCCCUGAGGUGCGCAAGGCGCACGACGACAAGCAGAUGCUUUUCGGGACGAUCGACAGCUGGAUCGUCUACAACCUCACCGACAAGCAGGUGCACAUCACCGACGCCUCGAACGCUUCGCGAACCAUGUUCAUGGACCUUCGUGCACAGAAAUGGGACCAGAAGCUGUGCGACUUCUUCGGCAUCGACAUGGCCAUCCUUCCCGAGAUCAAGAGCUCGUCCGAAGUCUACGGGAAAGUGUCGCACGGUGCGCUCAAGGGCGUCGAGAUUGCUGGCAUCGUCGGUGACCAGAUGGCCGCGCUGGUGGGCAACAAGUGCUUCCAGCCCGGCGAGGCCAAGAACACCUACGGCACCGGUGCCUUCCUGCUGUACAAUACAGGCGAAAAGGUCGUCUCGUCCAAAAAUGGUCUGCUGUCGACCAUCGCGUAUAAAGCCGGCCCCAACGCGCCGGUGCACUACGCUCUGGAAGGCUCCAUCGCCGUGGCUGGAUCGGCGGUCAAGUGGGUGCGCGACAGCUUGGGUCUCAUCAAGGAAGCCAGCGAGAUUGGCGAUCUGGCGGGAGAGGUUGAGGACACGGGAGGAGUCUACUUUGUCACCGCAUUCAACGGUCUCUUCUGCCCGUACUGGGACGACACGGCGGCAGGCACCGUGGUCGGCAUCACGGCCUACACGGACAAGCGCCACUUCUGCCGUGCGACGCUUGAAUCCACGUGCUACCAGACCAAGGCCAUCCUCGACGCCAUGUCCAAGGACUCUGGUGUCGCACUCAAGGCGCUCCAAGUCGAUGGCGGGUUGACCAACUCGGACGUGGCCAUGCAGAUCCAAGCCGACAUCCUGGGCAUCAAUGUCGAGCGCCCCGAGAUGCGCGAGAGCACCGCACUGGGAUCGGCGCUCCUCGCUGGUUCCGCUGUCGGCCUGUUCGGAUGGAACAUCAACAAGCCAGAGACGCUCAGCAAGGUCAACACGGCGGGCAAGCAGGUGUUUGAGCCCAAGAUUGACGACGAGAAGCGCAAGAAGCUGCUGCACGGUUGGGACAGGGCCGUCGAGCGGGCUAAAGGCUGGAAUGAGAACCCUUGA